GCUCGGAGAGGAGCUCCACGGAUGUGGGCGGUGCCGCAGGGUCCCUAGGAGACUGACCGGCACUCGGAGGACUCGGGGCUGGGACGCCAUGAACCCCGACGGGGGCCCGCAGCACAACCCUGAGGGAGAAGCGGGGCGGAUGGGGCAGAAGCCUCAGGCUGAAGCUUUGGAAGACGCUUCCCUCUACUUCUCCAGGGAGGAGUGGACAGAGAUGGGAGACUGGGAGAAAGGCUGGUACCAGAACGUGAAUAGGAACUUCGAGGUGCUCCCCAGCCCAGGGCUCAGGGCCCUGCAACCAGCUUUCCUGUGUCACCACCGCAGCUGGACCACCGAGCUCCAGGAGGAGGACCCUGAGGACUCUGAUGAACAAUGGACUCCGAGGCAGCAAGUCAAACCUUCUUUGGUGACCAUCAGGAGUAAACAGAGUAAACAUCAGAAGGCAACAUCCAAGAUACCAUUAAGCAGUGAAUAUAGUUUGGAGGAAUUGUCAGGAACAGCAAAUUUGACGACUGCAAGUGACUCAGAGGAGGCCCAGAAACCAGUGUCCCCUCCUGGAGAGGCAUGUGCCUUUGGAAAGCACACUAGACAAAAAUUGGAACUCAGGAGAAAGGAGAUGGACGUGAAGAUGUACAGCCUACAAGAAAGAAAGGACUGUGUGUACCAAGAGGUCACUGAGCCCCAGGAUGAUGACUACCUUUAUUGUGAGAAGUGUCAGAACUUCUUCAUCGACAGCUGUGCUGUGCAUGGACUCCCUGCAUUUGUAAAGGACCAUGCAGUGGACAAGGGGCAUCCCCACCGCUCAGCCCUCACCCUGCCCCCUGGGUUGCGAAUCGGGCCAUCCUGCAUCCCUGAGGCUGGGCUUGGAGUGUGGAAUGAGGCAGCUGAUUUGCCUGUGGGUCUGCACUUUGGCCCUUAUGAAGGACACAUCACAGAAGAUGAAGAGGCAGCCAAGAGCAGAUACUCCUGGCUGAUCGCCAAAGGGAGAAACUGCUAUGAGUAUGUGGAUGGGAAGGACAAAUCCUGGGCCAACUGGAUGAGGUAUGUGAACUGUGCCCGGGAUCAUGAAGAGCAGAACCUGGUGGCGUUUCAAUACCACGGGCAGAUUUUCUACCGAACCUGCCGGGUCAUCAGCCGGGGCUGUGAGCUGCUGGUCUGGUGUGGGGAAGAGUAUGGUCAGGAGCUGGGCAGCAGGUGGGGCAGCAAGUGGAAGAGAGAGCUCAUGGCCGGAAGAGCGGAACCAAAGCCAGAGGUGCACCCAUGUCCCUCCUGCUCUUUGGCCUUCUCCAGUCAGAAAUUCCUCAGCCGACAUAUGAAAUUCAAUCAUCCCCCUCAGAUUCUCCUGGGAACACCUGCAAGAAAAUACCUCCAACCCUGCCUAGAGGAUCAGAAUCUGCAGCAGCAACAUACUAGUACACACGGCUGGAAUGGUAAACAUGAAGAUCAAGAAGUCAAGGGAAGGUCCAAACUUUUGCUUAAAAGGAUCAGUCAGGAGAGAAUCUCAAGACCCUUUUUCCACCCCUCCAAAGAACAAAUGAGGAGCUUUAGUGAGCACGAGAGACUGAUGGAGGAAGAGCCCCACAGAGGCCAGGAAGAGAGUCCGGAGGGUGCAGGCAAGUUCUUUGUGAAAGUAGAAAUGUCAACGAUUGUAACAAUCCAGCAUGGAGGGUGUUGGCAAGGCUUCAAUGAUGGGUCACAUCUCAGAGGCCAGAGAACACACUCAGGGGAGAAGCCCUAUGUCUGCAGGGAGUGCGGGCGAGGCUUUACCUGGAAGUCAGUUCUCAUUGCACACCAGAGGACACACUCAGGGGAGAAGCCCUUUGUUUGCAGGGACUGUGGGCGAGGUUUUACAAACAAGUCAGUUCUCAUCACACACCAGAGGACACACUCAGGGGAGAAGCCCUAUGUCUGCAGGGAGUGUGGGCGAAGCUUUACACAGCGGUCAAAUCUCAUCACACACCAGAGGACACACUCAGGGGAGAAGCCCUAUGUCUGCAGGGAGUGCGGACGAGGCUUUACACAGCGGUCACAUCUCCUAAGACACCAGGGGACACACUCUGGGGAGAAGCCCUAUGUCUGCAGGGAGUGUGGGCAAGGCUUUACCUGGAAGUCAGUUCUCAUUGCACACCAGAGGACCCACUCAGGGGAGAAGCCCUAUGUCUGCAGGGAGUGUGGGCAAGGCUUUAGACAGAAGUCAGUUCUCAUUGCACACCAGAGGACACACUCAGGGGAGAAGCCCUAUGUCUGCAAGGAGUGUGAGCGAGGCUUUAAACAGAAGUCAGUGCUCAUCAGACACCAGAGGACACACUCAGGGGAGAAGCCCUAUGUCUGCAGGGAGUGUGGGCGAGGCUUUAUACAGAAGUCAGUUCUUGUUGCACAUCAGAGGAUACACUCAGGAGAGAAGCCCUUUGUUUGCAGCAAGUGUUGGCGAGCCUUUACACAGUGGUCACAUCUCCUCAGACACCAGAGGACACACUCAGGGGAGAAGCCCUUUGUUUGUAAGGAGUGUGGGCGAGGCUUUACACAGCGGUCACAUCUCAUCACACACCAGAGGACACACUCAGGGGAGAAGCCCUAUGUUUGCAGGGAGUGUGGGCGAGGCUUUACACAGCGGUCACAUCUCCUCAGACACCAGGGGACACAUUCUGGGGAGAAGGCCUAUGUUUGCUGGUGAAGUGAAUGAAUCAUUACCAUUAAAUCACAUGUAAGUAACCAUAAGAAGUCUACGGAACCUUACUCUCCCCAAGAUUGUAAUUAGUACAGAAGUAACUAGUUAAACCUUCCACUUUCAUUGCAAGAGACAAGAUGGACAAACAGUCCCAUGAGUGAUAAUGGGAUAUCAGCACCAAUCUCUUCCAUGGUUUUUGGAUAUCCCGGUCUAAAGAGUUUUGUCUCCAUACAAAUAUGUAGCCCACGUUCCUCAUACCCCCGUCACUGAAAGCAGAGAGUUCAGAAAGAACCACAAAGAACUCAUAUUCUCAGCCACAGAAAAUCAGCUCCUAGAAAUGCGUAAGUUUGGAAUCUGUCUACUUUGGUUACUGCCCAGAGAGAGGGAUUUGAGACAGACUCACCUGGGAAGGGAAUUCCCAACUCCUGGGAAGUGAAGCCUUUUUUCCUAAUCAGCUCCCUACCCUCCUCCCUUGGCUUCUCUUGGCUCUUCUGGUUUCCUACAACCUCUGGAGCCUCAGAGAUGUGAACAGCAGGGAGAGAUGGAUGCUUGUGCACAAAUGUGAGCCACUCAGUCUGGGCACCUGGUCUUCCUCACUCCUUGCUGCCUUUUCAGGGUCAGCAUUUCCUGGUGCACAGCACACAGAUUCCACAUCAGUCCGUAGUAGGUGUGAGUCUCAGCUCUGUCUUCUCCAGCUGUGUGACCUAAGGCAAGAUUCUCAACUUCUCUCUGCCUGCUUCCUAGUCUGUGCAAUGGAAAUGGGAACUCCAGCCUUUCAGUUUGACAUUCAAAGUUGAGUCAGCACAGACAGAAUCUGGCAAGAGGAUUGCUGAGAUCACAAGUCCUGCUGAACAGCCUUAAGUGCCCAUGUCUUCCUGGUCUUUAGUGCUGGACAAAGGAAGAUAAGGACAGGGUAGGGGUGUGUAGCCAAAUUGAGAAUUUGAGCAGACCCCACUGCUUUCCCCAUAGACAGAGAAGUCUAGUCUCAGCUGCCCUGAGAAGGAGGCCUGAGGUGGGGGAUAUGCCUCCCUCCAUAUUACCACCCUCUCACUGCGCCUGUGCACCCUCAGAGCCUCCUCAACACAGGCAGGUGGUGCUGAGAGUGAGCUGUGAAACAAGACUCUCGCCCACCCCUUGCUGAGAACUGACAGGGAGCAGCACCUGUCUGCACUGGUGUGACGGUAGAUGGUGAGCCAAGGGAGGACGAGGAAGACGCGUGUCACCUACUGACUCAGCAGUCCUGCGCCUGGUCCGAUUCCAUUGCCAGAUGUUCUGGCAUCACAAGAAACACCUUGCUAACAUGUUGAAAUUAUAGGUAUCAUUUCCAUUGUCUGAGAUAGAACGGCUUUGAAAAUAUUCCUCCCAAGGCCUAGAAGAUGGGAGGGGGUGCACAGCAUUCAAGGAAAGGACCCAUAAAACAAAUUUGGCUAAUUGCUUGCCUCUGGCCACUCUCUGUUUUAUGAGAGGGGCCUAGUGCUUACAGAAAGAGCCCAUAGAUAACUGGGUUACUGCCUACACUUCAACUGUCUCCUGUCAUGUGUUUAUUUUACAAGAUGACCAAAUGGAAUCUGAAGCCAAAUAAGGAUUUGAGCUAAGAACCCCCCACACAUACCUAAGUUAGUGCAGUCUCUUCCCCCCGCGGAAGCUGGCACCACUUUUACUUGCCAAUCAAUAUCUAACUUUGCCCCCAUCCCACCAACUAUAUAAGUCCUCAGGACAAAGGACCUGGUGCUCUUGCCACCCAACUUCUUGUCUUUCACUCCCAUCUCAGCAAGAUGUGUUCUCUUCCACAAGAAUGUAUCACUAAUAAACCCUGCUU